AUGGCUACUCCCGCUGUUCUUACCUUCGAUGCUGAGGGUCGUGCGAUCGACUUUGAGGUCUGGCUGGAUGAUAUGCAGCUUUUCCUGCAGUGUGAUAGCAAAGAUGAGCUCUUACUGUUCGAUCUCACAUCUGGUGCCUCUACUGCCCCUGCUGCUGAUGCUGACAGCACUACUCGCUCCCGCUGGAACACACGCGAUGCUGCUGCCCGCCUUGCUGUGCGCAGUCACCUGCCCCCCGCUGAGCGCGCGCACUUUAGUCAAUACAAAACUGCUAAGGCCCUGUACGACGCUGUCGUUGCAUGCUACUCCUCCCCUGCCUCUGCUGCCCUUAGUCGCCUCAUGCUGCCGUACCUUUUCCCUGACCUCGCUGCCUUUGCUACAGUCGCUGACCUCAUUACGCACCUCCGCACUAGUGACACCCGCUACCGUGCUGCGCUUCCUGCUGAGGGUGCUCCCCCGUUCCCCUUUUGCCCUCUGUUGCCUCUGCUGCUGCUGUCGACCUCCUUGGCACUGAGUCGGUCGGCGCUGCGUCUGCCCCUAGCGGGAGGCGCCGCAACAGCAAGGGUAAGGGGGGCAAGGGAGCUGGAGGAGCUGGCGGGGGUGGUGGUGGUGGCGGUGGAGGCGGCGGAGGGGGUGGGGGUGGAGGUGGGAGUGGUGGCAGAGGUGGGGGCUCUGGUGGCAGCGGUGGAGGCGGAGGCAGCGGCGGCGGCGGCGGUGGGAGUGGAGGAGGUGGCGGUGGCGGCGGUGGCGGCGGUGGCGGCAGUGGCGGUGGCGCUGGUCGAAGUGGCUCCGCGCAGCGAGGAGGCUUCGGUGGUGGCCAGCGUCAGCAGCAGCAGCGCUCUCGUGAGGCCCCGCCACCCCAGCAGCUUCACCAGUGGUACGCUGGGCGUCAGCGGCCUGGGGGUGCUGGUCCCUGUACCUACGUCCUCCGUACUGGUGACCGCACUGGGGAGCCGUGUGGCGGCCCGCACACCACUCAGCGCUGCUUCGGCCGCCUGA